AUGGUGGCAGCAGAGUCGAGUGCGGUACCUGGAGGCAUCAGAGAUGCCAGCAUUGGCAAGGUCAAUGAAGACCCAAAGUGGCAAGGGCAUUGGUGGAGGCAAGAUGGCGCCAAAGAGUGGCAACUUUCGUAUCAGCGAGUCCAUGGAGUCUCCCAUGCUUUUAUGAAAAUUCUUUCAGAAGGUGGAAUCCGAGGUCUUUGGGCUGGAUGGGUUCCAAAUGUACAGAGAGCUGCACUAGUGAGUCUGGGAGAUCUAACAACAUAUGAUACAGUGAAACAUUUCUUACUACGUCACACAACUCUGAAGGACAACAGCUUAUGCCAUGGCUUAUCAAGCAUUUGUUCAGGACUGGUUGCUGCUACCAUGGGAUGCCCUGCUGAUGUCAUUAAAACCAGAAUCAUGAAUCAGACAAGAGAUAAACAAGGAAGGGGUUUAUUAUACACAUCCACAGUGGAUUGCCUGAUGCAGACAAUAAAGAGAGAAGGGUUGAUGUCAUUGUAUAAAGGAUUUCUGCCAACCUGGGCAAGGAUGGCACCUUGGUCAUUGACAUUCUGGCUCACGUUUGAACAAAUAAGAAAAAUCACAGGCCUCAAUUCCUUUUGACACCAUUUCAGAGCAGAUUCUGAUUUAACUUCAGUGAAGUUCCCUUUGAGGACUGUAUCACCGAGCACCAUCCAGUUCUGGGUAGGCUGGAAUUGAAAAAUGUUCCAUUGAAAUUAGUUUGUGGUGGUCAUCCUGACUCUCAGUCUGGAUAUUGCAGUCAGCACAAAUAUUUAAUGUUAACUUCACUUAAAUUCAGUGUACUUUUGUGUCAGGAAGAUUCAGCUGUAUAUCGCUAUAAACUAUUAAAAUACUGAAGUUUUGUAUUAAUUUGAUGGCAGUGAAAGAUUAUGAGGACAUGUUAUAAAACUAGAGAGGACUAAGCUGAUUUACAUCUGUCAGGACAGACUCACCAGAGCUGAGGCACGUUGGUCAAUAGUCAGGAGGGACUUGUUCCGGGAGAUCUCAAUAUUGACUCCAUGCUCUAUGAAGUCUCAUGGCAUCAAAUUAAAUACAACCACGAAAAUUUCCUGCAACUGGAAGCAACAUUAGAUGAGGGAGCAAAGGCACAGAAUGUAUGCUUGGUGAUGGACACAGAAGUUACUUACCUAGAGUGGGUCAGUAGUACUAACUGAACUGGCUGAUUGCUUGACUGGGCAUGAUGCAGGUAGUGAGGAAACCAACAAGAGAACAAAGCCUAUGGAACCUUGUCCUGACCACCUUAACUAUUGUGGACAUAUCUGUUUGUGACAUUACAGGUAAGAGUGAUCACUGCACAGUCAUUGUGGAGACAUGCCACUGGCCAUGACUUGCAUUGUGGCUUGUAGCAUGCUGCUGUAGCAAAGGGGUUAGAUUCAGAACUGACUUAGCAGCUUAACAUUGUGCAUCAAUGAGAUUCUUUGGGACAUCGGCAACAACUGAAUUGUAUACAACCACAACUUAACCUCAUAGGCCUCUACCAUUACCAUUAAACCUUGGGAUUGACCAUGGUUCAAUGAAGAGUGCAGGAAGUCACUCCAGGAGUAACAGGCACUCCUAAAAAUGAGCUGUUUACCUGGAAAUGCUACAACAAAGGUCUAUUUCAAGCUAAGCAGGAGGAAGUACCUUGCAAUAGACAGAGCUUAAUGAUCCCCAAUCAACAAAUUAGAUCAAAGUUCCGCAUUCUUGCCACAUGUAUUAGUAAAUGGUGGUGGACAAUCAAAACAACUAAUAGGAAGAGUAAGCUGCGCAAACCUCUCCAUCCUCAAUGAACUUUAAACUGUGACAAUUAUAGUAAAAACAUAUUAUCAGUAUUCAGCCUUAAUCAUUUGAUUGCCAUACCUUAGACCUAUCCUGGGCUCAAAAUGGUUUUAAAAAGGGCAGACCUACAAUGGUUGCUUUGAUUGCCUGAUCUGGUUAAGGCAAGUUCAUGAAUCCAUCAAUAAAUAAAGAUCAGUCCAAGCUGA